GAUUUUUGUUUCCGAUGACUAUCCAACAAACUGCAAAACAAAAACGAAAAGACAACAAUGAAAGGACCCACAAAAUAUCGUGAUAUCAGCUGGAACCUCUUAACCAUCACAUUUCUUAUCUUUAUCUCAGUUCUUUCCAUAAGUGGAUGCAAGGUAGAUGUCCAACAGUCGAAUAAUGUGAUGAGGCGAAAAGAGCAACAGUUUGUCUCUAUUCCCUGCUCUUUGAACAUAACAAGCUGCCCAGGUCACGGACCGGACAAACUGAGCAUCUCUUGGUAUGUGUUCCGGAAAGACUCUCAGCACCAGCUUGAUUUAACAAACCACUCAGUCAAAUACACACUGGAAGAUCAGAAUCUGAAAAUCAACUCAUUGUCAACACAAGACUGUGGUGUGUAUUACUGUGCAGCGGCUCUGCUUGAUGUGGCGCAUAACGGGGCGCAGGCGAUUGGAAAGGGAACCACUUUAAAAGUGUCAAAGAGGGGCUUUAACACCCGUCAAGCACUUUUAUUGACAUUGCUUGUCCUACUGAUUGUGUACAGUCUCCACGUCUUGGGCAUUCUUAUCUGCAUAAAGACUGGACAAAUCAAAUCAGUCUUUAAAAGAAGACGGCAGCAAAGCGAGAUGAAGGACUCAGCUAAACAAGUGAUUUUCAGUGGUGUGGUGCAAGAACUGUGCAAGAGGAACCUCAGUGACAAAAUUCGGGCUCAAUACAAAGUUUCGCAAGAAAAGUAUCCUCAAACCCAGGACAAGAGUGAAGAUAUUUACCAAAAUCUUGAUGAGUGAAACACAACUAAACCUCUGAUCCAUGUUUGUCCCCCUGAUCUGCAAAACCAUCAGCUUGAAAGCAAAACUGGAAACUUCCACUUCAAGAAAAAGGACUGUGCAAUGCCAAAAUUCAGUUGACCGCAUUAUUGUAUGUGACAUUUCGUAAUAAUGCUCACGCUUUUACUCGUGUGUUAUUUUUAGUUAAGAAAUAAAACCCAUUUUGUAAAAUUGUGGCUGGGAAACACAACAUUGCUACAUGUUGUGAUGUCUCUGUUGGCGACAACAUAAAGUUUUCCACUCAAAAGUGUGAGUCAUCUUGUUUUGCAUUGAUAAAUUUGAGACUACAUUGUUAAUUGACUUCAUUUGUUAUGUGUAAUGUAUUUAAACUAAAGCUACUGGAGCUAUUGUUAUUUGUAGGGACGGAUUCAUAUGGAGGCAUUUUACCCCCUCAGUUUUGAUUUUGUGUUGUCUGUUCUUCAAGGGCAUAAAGAUUAUUUCAUAAGAGAGGGGGGCAGAUGGUUUAGUGUAAUAAAAAAACCAUUCAACAAGUGACCCCAUUUAUUUUCUCUUAUCUCUCAUCUUUAUCUUAAUUUCAUUUAAAGCUACUUGUACUUACGCAUGUUUUGAAGGACUGAUUUCAUCGAAUAACAACCGAAAGUGACUGGUCAUAGUGGAAAUCGAGGUUGCAGCGCCAGCGAGGCACUUACAAUGGAAGUGUGAAUGGGGACACAUUUUUGGAGGGUUUAAAGGCAGAAAUGUGAAGCUUCAAAUGUUAUAAAAGCACUUGCAUGAAUUCUUCUGGUAAAACGAGUGUAUUAUUUGAGCUGCAAGUUGUUUAAAUUGUCAUUUUAGGGUUUACGGCGUUACGUCGUCAUGGCAACAAAGUUAUAAAAUUGGAUACAGGAGUGGUGGUGGCGUAGUGGGCUAAAGCACAUAUCUGUUAAUCAGAAGGUCACUGGUUCGAGCCCCACGGCCACCACCAUUGUGUCCUUGAGCAAGACACUUAACUCCAGGUUGCUCCGGGGGGAUUGUCCCUGUAAUAAGUGCACUGUAAGUCACUUUGGAUAAAAGCGUCUGCCAAAUGCAUAAAUGUAAAUGUAAUAGAUAAAAUCAUGUUUACACAUUUAUCCUUUAUGUCUUGUGGCUAUACCUUUCAAACAGUGAAAACAGCGAGGAUUGACGCUGACGACCACCCCUGGAGUCGCGAGUUAGAAUCCAGGGUGUGCUGAGUGAUUCCAGCUAGGUCUCCUAAGCAACCACAUUGGCCCGGUUGCUAGGGAGGGUAGAGUCACUUGGGGUAACCUCCUCAUGGUCACGAUUAGUGGUUCUCGCUCUCAGUGGGGCGUGUGGUAAGUUGUGAGUGGAUCACGGAGAGUAGCAUGAGUCUCCACAUGCUGUGAGUCUCCGCAGUGUCAUGCACAAUGAGCCACUGGACAAGAUGUGCAGAUUGACGGUCUCAGAAGCGGAAACUGAGACUUGUCCUCUGCCACCCAGAUUGAGGUGAGUAACCGUGCCACCACGAGGACCUGCUAAGUAGUGGGAAUUGAAUUGGGAGAAAAAUUUUAAUGCGAUUUUUGCUUAUUAUCAAAUAAAGGAUAGCCAAGAUGGAAUUCUUUUUAGCUUGUGUUGAACCCGAAGAUUUCCUUUAAAUAUAUACUUUUUGAAAAGAGAGACAGGACAAAUCAAAUCAGUUUUUAAAAGAAGACUGGCAAAGUGAGACGAAGAUAUAGUUACAUACACUA